CUCCUCUCUUUCAUCAGUGCAGUUUGCUUCUCUUCAUAUCGUUUUUUGCAUUUUUCAUCCCAUCUCAAUAAUCAUGUCUACCUGGUUCGACACUAUCCAGAAGUCCUUCGCGGACGUCCCUGUUGAUGCCGCCAACGACAACGGAAUCUCGACCACCGAGUUCCUUGAGGCUGCUGAGUCGCUGACCACCUUGUUCGAUGUCCUUGGUUCUAAGGCAUUCACCCCCGUCAAGAGUGACCUGCUUGGUAACAUCAAGAAAGUCAAGGACAGGCAGCAGGCUGCUCCCGCCGAGUCUGCAACUCUGCAGUCUCUCGUCGUGAACGAAUUGAAGGAGAAGAAGCACACUGCCACAGAGGGAUUGGUCUGGUUGGUCCGUGGCCUUGACUUCACCGCACAAGCCCUCCGUCACAACCUCGACAACGCCAGCAAGGAGCUCGCUGACUCCUUCCGCGAAGCCUACGGCAACACCCUCAAGCCCCACCACUCGUUCAUCGUCAAGCCCAUCUUCAGCGCCGCCAUGUCCGCUACACCAUACCGGAAGGACUUUUACGUCAAGCUCGGCGAGGACAAUGCCAAGGUGCAGUCGUCUCUAGAGACGGAGGUGGCGGCCCUUCAGCAGAGGGUUGCCAUCCUCAAGGAGUUCUUGGACCGCAAGGAGGCCAAGUGGUAAAUGAUGAUACCAGAGUAAUAUGUUGACACGAACCUCGCGUGCCUGAUAUGUAGCAUAAUAUUUCGAAGCGAUGGUUGAUUGUUCAUGUAAAUAGCAGUUUGUCAAUUCUCAAUGCACAGUCAGACGAAUCAAUCGAAUCAAUCUAGAUAAAGGACUUACAGUUGCUCACU